GCCAGUCCCGAGCGAACGCGCGCGGAGCUACACUGUCUGGAAGAGAGUUACCGAGGAAACGUCGCGGCCCGGGAGGCAGCCGCCCCAGCGCAGGUGGACGCUGCUCGCCUGACCGUCCAACCGCCGCCCCUCCCUCCGGGGGGUCCCGAGCUGACGGAUGGGAGGCACAGCUCGCGGGCCCGGGCGGAAGGAUGCGGGGCCGCCAGGAGCCGGACUCCCGCCCCAGCAGCGGAGAUUGGGUGAUGGUGUCUAUGAUACCUUCAUGAUGAUAGAUGAAACCAAAUGCCCACCCUGUUCAAAUGCACUCUGCAAUCCUUCUGAACCACCUCUACCCAGAAGACUAAAUAUCACCACUGAGCAUUUAACAAGAGAUCCUACUCAGUGCUUCCUGAAUGGAGGUGAGAUGAAGGUAGAACAACUAUUUCAAGAAUUUGGCAACAGAAGAUCUGAUACUUUUCAGUCAGAUGGCAUCAACGACUCUGAAAAAUGCUCUCCUACAGUUUCUCAGGGUAAAUGUUCAGAUAGUUUGAAUACAGUAAAAUCCAGCAGUUCAUCCAAAGCAUCCAAAGUGGUGCCUCUGACUCCAGAACAAGCACUGAAGCAAUAUAAACACCACCUCACUGCUUAUGAGAAGCUAGAAAUCAUCAAUUAUCCAGAAAUUUACUUUGUGGGUCCAAAUGCCAAAAAAAGACAUGGAGUUAUCGGUGGUCCCAAUAAUGGGGGUUAUGAUGAUGCAGAUGGGGCCUAUAUUCACGUGCCUCGAGACCAUCUAGCUUAUCGAUAUGAGGUGCUGAAAAUUAUUGGCAAGGGCAGUUUUGGGCAGGUAGCCCGGGUCUAUGAUCACAAACUUCGACAGUACGUGGCCCUGAAGAUGGUACGCAAUGAAAAGCGCUUCCAUCGCCAAGCAGCCGAGGAGAUCCGGAUUUUGGAGCAUCUUAAAAAGCAGGAUAAAACCGGUAGCAUGAACGUUAUUCAUAUGCUGGAAAGUUUCACGUUCCGGAACCAUGUUUGCAUGGCCUUUGAGUUGCUGAGCAUAGACCUUUAUGAGCUCAUUAAAAAAAACAAGUUCCAGGGUUUUAGCAUCCAGUUGGUUCGCAAGUUUGCUCAAUCCAUCUUGCAAUCCUUGGAUGCUCUCCACAAAAACAAGAUCAUUCACUGUGACCUGAAGCCAGAAAACAUUCUCCUGAAACACCAUGGGCGCAGUGCGACUAAGGUCAUUGACUUUGGGUCCAGCUGUUUUGAGUACCAGAAGCUUUACACAUAUAUCCAGUCUCGGUUCUACAGAGCUCCAGAGAUCAUCUUAGGAAGCCGCUACAGCACGCCCAUUGACAUAUGGAGUUUUGGCUGCAUCCUUGCAGAACUUUUAACAGGACAGCCUCUCUUCCCUGGAGAGGAUGAAGGAGACCAGCUGGCCUGUAUGAUGGAGCUUCUAGGGAUGCCACCACCAAAACUCCUGGAGCAAUCCAAACGUGCCAAUUUAAACCGAAGACUAUUCCCUAGACUGGGACUGAGCUUCAGAUAUAAGAAGAAAAUCCAGAAACUGGUGUGUGGAGUUGGAGAGAAGAAAGGUACUCCAAGGUUUGUUGCUGGGUGUGGGUUUGGGGGGCUUGGAACUACAUGUGUUGAAUCACAGUAAAUCAAGUAGUAUGCAACAUCAUGAAUGAGGAACACUCUGUAUUGCUAUUUGGAAACUAGAUACGAGGCUCCCAAUCUCAAAAUCAAUGCAGUUUUCUCCAAGGGUCAGCUAUUCAGAAAAUCUUGGCUUCAGUAGAAGGUCUAAGGUAUAUGGGCAUUCAGGAGGAUCUGACCAGUCUUCCAGACGGAAACAUUUCCACUAUCGUGACAAAGUGAUGAGGGCAGUUUGGCUGGGUUGCGUUGUUCCCUGAAGUGUGUGGGUGGAAUGGCUUUUGUAGGUAGAGGGCAGGGACCGGGCUAAUUCAUCUUUGCAAACCCCUCACUCGGGAGCAGAAGCCAACACCUUCCCCACCCUUCACUACCACCAUCAUCACUCCCUCCUCAUCUCACUUGGUUCCUCUGAAUCUGGAUCCCAUGAUUGUGUCUCAUUGGCAUCCUCAAUUCCCCUUGCUCCUUGCCCUUCUCACUGAACUAGCCUCAUAAUCCCUCAACAUGGACCAAUUAUACAUCUGGAUUCUCACAUGCAUUGUCCACUUUUUGGGGAAAAAAUUGUUCAGUUGUGAAAAUGGGUACCCCACAAAAUACCAGGCAAUGAACCUACAGCAUUAUCUCAUUUGCUACCUCUGCAGGACGGGAAUGAUUAUUAUCCCCAUUAACCAGAUAAGAAAACUGAGGCUCGGUUAGUUCUUUUUCGAUGGUAGAUUUGAGGAGCAUCUUGGGGAGAUAGAAUUAUUUAUGCCUUAUUUGUUAGCUAAGAAUAGUUGCUGCUAUUUUAAUUUUAUAAUGUCAGUGUCUUUUUGAUGCCCCACCCAUCUUGAUUAAAUUAUCACUUUAUUUGGUCAAGACUUUUUGGAGCCAAUGAGAAGGAUGACAGUAGAAACCAAAAGUGUUUGUUUUCCUUAAAUCUCUGAAGGUGACAAAAUCUGGAAGAGGAAAUGAGGGUGAAGUCCCAAGUUUCUGAUUGAGCUCUAGGAAUGAGGUGGCAGGUUUCUUUAUAUCAUCUAUUAUUAUCAUUGUCACUAAAAUAUAAAGGUCAUUGAAUCUUACUGUAUGAGUUAGUUUUAUCUUUAACCACUCAGCUCCAAGAGAAUGCCAGAAACUGUCUGCUAAUUCUCUUCCAUGGGUCUUCUCCAUAUCUUAUUUCUGGAGAUGAUGUUCAGGUUUUUUAAAGAUACACUGUUUCUAAGUUGAGAAAUGGGAGAAACCCUGUUCUCAUGUAUUCCUCGACUGAUCUGUAAGCACUGCCUUCCCAAAGCCUUGCCAACUACUACAUGGCUUGUCAGCAGUCCUUUGGGUGUUUCCCAAAGUUCACUCCAAUUCAAUAAGAGUCAGCAGUGAGGUGUGGCACACAACGGGGGCUUAGCAGGGAAUGCAGAGAUGGGUGGGUGAUAUGGUCCCAGCUCUUCCUGACCCAAACUUGCUGUGACUGACUUGUAGCCAGUCCACUUCAUUGUCUUCACUAGCAGGCAGUGGACUUCUCUUGCUACUCAGAGUGGCCUGUGGGCCAGACCAGCAUCAUCAGCAUCUCCUGGAAGUACAGAGUGCCGGCCCUACCCUAGACCUUAUCAGUCAGAAUCUGCACGUUAACAAGAUUCCCAGGGGGUUCACAUGCACAUCAAAGUUUGAGAACUGGAUUCUGAAAUACACACUAACAACCGUCAUUCUCCCCUUGCCCCAGGAACGAAUAAAAUAGUGAGGAGACUUGGGUUUGAUGCCUGACUCCGAAUAUAUUUCAUCUCUGACUUGGGCAGGCUACUUCCUCUGGAGCAUCACAACAUUGAGGUGUUUCUGCUGAUUAAGGAGAAUGGAGCUUAAACGCCCAACACCCACACAACUCUAACCCGCUUUUCUAACGGUAGAGUGAGAAACAAAAGCCAGGCCGCGAAGAGUGGAGCGGGGUCACUGUUUUUCACUUUAUUUUAAUUUAUAGGAAAAUUUAAAUACAAUUCUAGGUGGAACUUUUAAACGCUUUUUUAAAAAAUUAUUUGAAAAAAAAGCAUUUAAGUCAGAUCCAUUUGGCUUUCCUUGCAACCUUGCCAAGCUCUUUCCAUUCCGAACUGCUAUCCAGGCUGGGACUC